AUGGCUGCGCUGUGCGCCGUUGGCGGCGCCAUCGGCUUUGCCAAGACACGCAGUGUCCCCUCCAUCGUGGCCGGUCUUGGUGUCGGUGCACUGUACGCCACUGCAGGCUACCGGAUUCGUCAGGGCCACGACUAUGGCUACGAGGUCGCCGCGGCUGCGAGCGCCAUCUUGCUCGCCAGCAGCCUGCCCCGUGUCGCCAAGGGACCUGUCCCCGCUGGCCUUUCUGCUGCGAGCACCCUUGCGCUCGGAUACUAUGGCAAGAAGGUCUACGACUUUAGCAGGUGA